AUGUCGUCGAUCAUAAACACUGUACAAGCGGAGUGCAACGGAAAGGAAGUAGAGCAUUUAUUGAAAUGUAUAAUUAUUUAUUCUUCCAGUGAGCACGUUUAUGUAGCUCCCUCAGGUGUUCAGAAGGAGAGAAUACAACCAGAUGACUUGUUUGUGUGUGAUAUUGAUGAGAAGGACAUCAGUUGUCCACCUCCACAGAAAAAGCUGAAGAAAAGCCAAUGCACGCCCCUCUUCAUGAACGCCUACACAAUGAGAGGAGCUCAGGCAGUUAUCCAUACACACUCAAAGUCUGCUGUCAUGGCAACUCUCAUGUUUCCUGGCAAGGAAUUCCGCAUCACGCAUCAAGAGAUGAUCAAGGGGAUUCGAAAAGGAAACUCUGGUACAAACUACAGGUAUGACGAGACUCUAGUUGUUCCAAUUAUUGAGAACACCCCAGAGGAGAAAGACUUAAAAGAGCGCAUGGCCCGAGCCAUGGACAUGUACCCCGACUCCUGCGCUGUUCUCGUCCGCAGACAUGGGGUCUACGUCUGGGGAGAGUCCUGGGAGAAAGCAAAGACAAUGUGUGAAUGUUAUGACUACUUAUUUGACAUAGCUGUGCAGAUGAAACCGUGUGGCCUGGAACCCUCUGCUCUUCCUACUGAGGAUAAAGGCAUUGUUUGAUACAUUUAAGUCUGUAAAGUUACCAAAUGUUACCACUAUGUUUUCAAAAUAAUACAUGCUUAAUGCAUUUUUGCACAAAAUCUAUGAUGUUCACAACAAUAUUCUUUUCAGUAAUUGUUUUUUUUUACAAAGUCAAUUACCUGCAAACAGAAUGCAAUGUAAGAAAAAUUAUUAGAAUGGCUUGCAUGCCAUUCAUCUUUUUGUGUGUAUGAUUCCAGAUUCCAGUGUCUGGUAAAAUAUCACUAGUGCCUCACACAAAUGUAUGUG